CAUGCAAAGGCACUAUUCUUGAAUUAUUAACUUCUAUUAUAUUUAUGGUGGCCAUAUAUAGCAAUUACAUAUCAUCCACAUUGUGUGCAAUAUGGUUAAAUGUCAAUUAUGAUAGCCAUUCCUAAUCUGAAAUGCUACAAAAGAGCAAAUAUAGGCAACAAAUUGCAAUUCAACAAGAGAACCAUUGCACAGGAUAAGUGACAGACUUCCUUUUAUUGAAAAAGAAAUGUCACAUGUGUCAUGCCACCAGCAGUGGGUAGCAAUCUUUCAAGCUUGGGUGACAGAGGCAAAACUUAGCAAAAUGCUACAAUCACGCUGUAAAACGGCCUUAGACACAACAAAAAACGACAUCAUAUUGUAAAGAAUGCAAGGGCAAGACUCCAUCUAAGAACAGUCUAUGGCACCACAUACUUUACAUGGUGUAAAAAAUGUUGACAUGGCCUACCCAUAAAGAAAAAGCAACAAACACAGAAAACACGCCUUAAAUGCAAUGUGCAGAGUCUGAAACCAAGAACAAACAACCUGAAAAAGGCUUCGUUAAGGCUUUCAGCGAUUCAAAUUGUCAAACUGUCUCAUCACUUCUUAAUGAAUCUGCACAGGUGAAAAUGAAGGAAGGAAAGCCAAAUAGCAGGGCUGCAGAAAAUGUCACCGAAUAAAUAUACUUUGCUUACCAACGAUACCUGUGGUUUAGUUGUGGUCUGUGUAUAAACUUUUCUUGUUUAGAAUGGUUUAGCAGAUAAGGAAAAAAUGACCAUAAGUUCACCAGGUGUAUGCAUAGUCUAUGCACGAAAAGCCACUGCUUUCUUACUUUUAUUUUUUUCUCUCUACUACUAUGCAUGAGUAUUUAAGUGCCUUAAUAGCACUGCUAACAACCUACUGCAGAACUCAAAAUUGGGCAAGUUGUGGCAUAAAGAAAAUUGCAGUUUCACUCAUAAUGUGAAACAAUGAUGCAGUAGCUGGUGAAAUAUGCGCAGGAAGCUUACUUCAUGCAGCAUUUGUUAAACACUUGCCAAUGCAAGUCGGUAAUCUUAAAAAGUAAAAUAAGUAAGAGUCGUAUUUAUUUGUGGGAGUUGUGCCUCCCAGUGUUGAAGUGGAAAGACUCGGCUUUUCUUCCUCCUCUUUCAUAUCCAGACUUGGCCACUGCUCUACACCGAAACAACCCUUAAGCUUCUUACUGCUGAAUUCGUUUUGGUGUUCUCAAAUCUAUAUUUGGGCUACCCAUUGCUAGGCCUCGUUCUUAAUCAAAGAAUGAAUCAAUCAAUCAAUUCUCAAAGAGCAUGUGCAGUCCAGCCAAAAGCAGGGGCAAGAAUCCACAUUGUGCUCCUGCAUUGAAGGUGAAUAACACGUACCAUAAUGGCGAAUGUGCUUUAGUAAGCUUCCCUGCAAUAUUAAUUUGUAAUGUACAAAGAAUUGUCAAUGAAGCUUACCACGAGCACAGAUGCACUUGCAAAUUAUGUCACAAUUGAAAAUAAUGAGCACAGUGUAAACCUAUGUGCGCUUUCCACUCUUAGUAUGCUUUACUGUAUGAUGCUUAUUUACACCCCUGUAUUGCGGUGUAGCAAGGUACAAAAGAAACGUUGCAUAAUUAGGCUUUUUACGAUUAUCUUUCUCGCAAUACACUAAUAUUUCGCGGUGAAGCCUAAGCGAUGUACUGCGGUGAAACAUACUAAAAGUGAAAAGGGUCCACUGUCACCGGACAUAAUAAGAGUUCUUUAAUUAUACACUCGCGCACCCGCCGCCUCUCAGGUCUCCUAAGUGGACAUACUAUGCUGGCUGAUAGCGGCCCCCUCCCACUUUUAGUAUGCUUCGCCGCGUAACUAAAAUGUACUGCGGCGAAGAAGCCGUACAUUUUUAUUGAGUGAAUAAACAAAUGGUUUUUACAACAGUAUAGCAAUAAACGCGCACCAUGCAUCAGUCUACCACACGGAAGAGCGUCGCAACAUACGGUAGCUGAUUCACACAGACAUGUGUUUAUGUUUACGUUCGCACUCCUUGCGUAAUAAGAUUCCCAGAACUUCCACAAUAGAAAGUAAUUUACAACACACAAACGCAAAGAACACAGACAUACGUCUCGUUUUCAACUCGGCCGUCAUGCAAUGACAUAUAGCGCGGAAAAACGUGAACAUGCUGUGUGUUAGCCUCGUAAACUUCAUACUAGGCAAGGAGCUAGCACACUACAAUCCCGCGACAGCCGCUAAUGAGACCAAGACGGGAGCACAUGUCUGUGAACACGCAAACGGAGCCCCUAAGCCAUUCUGCUCCUUCGCCACCCCCUCUGCAUGGCUGCAUCAAUCGUUUCAAGCACAGCACACCAAACACACAUUCAGCGCUGAACAGUGGGCGGUCGACGAAGUUGCAUUUACAUGACUUGCAGCAAGCAGCACAUGCCUCGAUGUCCGUUAAGCAAAGUCGGACACGGCGACGCCACAUCGCGGUUCGCAGAACUUCGCUGCCGAGGCGCUAGGCCACUUCGAUAUUUCAAUCGUGACCACCGCCGGUUCUCAAGAAAGCACGGGUCACACAACGCAGAUUUUGUACUACCAGAGCUCACCGAGGCCAAAGCCGCACUGCCGCACCGCGACUACUCACGGCUUUCCGCCAAGUAACACACAGAACCUACAACCAACACACAAGCAACGCACGUACAAUCACAUGAGCAAUGUUGAACAAACCGCGGUCUAGAGAACGAUCGCGCCGAGGACGAACACGCCACGGCGUCGCUCGGCACCAGCAUCGCGCCUUCUCAAAAAUCCCUAAACGAUGCUGUCCCUAGGCACCUAGGAUCAGGUCACGUGAGGGAUUUUUGUACGACAAAUAGACGCUCGCCAAGAGCAGUGGCACGCCGAUGACGACGCUGGAGUCAUUGCUGAUGAUGAUAGUUUUUUUUUUUUUUUUUCUACACGCGGACACGAUAUUGGGGAAAGCAGCCCUUAACAGCUUCGCUGUAAAGUAAUGAAGUGCACCACGGUCGGCACUCUAGCAGGGUAAUCUUCCGGAUGCUUCGAUGAACUUGUUAUAGAUGUAUACUAAAACAGCGCGAGACAAAACGGCGCACCGUCUACUUUCUUUAUGCUGUGUCUCGCGCUGCCAUGAGGCGUCUGCUGUCUUUGGCGUCGCUCUGUCUGGUUUCGAGAUUCUGCGCCGCGGCUGCCCGCGGCCCGGCGGCGGCGGCAGCGGCGGUGUCCACGGGAGCGAGAGUAGCAAGUCUGACGUCAUGCAAUGGCGAUUUGAUAUGCGGUGUCGGGCGGGUCACUACUGAAACAUGUUGGCCUAUCCUUGUGUACAGUUCUGCAUUGACAACUCACUGCAUCGUGCUGACGAUGGAUGCAUGUCAGCGUUUGGAUUAUAGCCCCGUAUCGUUUGAAUCGGACGUGGACUGUGGCUUCUUGCGUUUUUAAUCAACGUCUACGUCGUUGGAGUGUGCGAAAGAAGCAGAGAUGAGUGGAAAGCAUGGAAAGUGAAGAGGUGGUCACAUGUUGUGCCUCGUGCCCGAUUCCAUCUCCUGUCCUGGUGCACUCCAAGCCUGCCUUGUCAUCAAGCGCAAUGCUGCAUCAUGCACGCCACUCAAGCCUGGACUUGCGAGGUCACGUUGGGCCCUUGCCUGGCAUAGCUCAUGCAGUCACGCCACCUUCAUCUGCGUCCAGUAACCACAUGCCACGGAGGCCUCACCAUCAACAGCACCAGCGCAAUCUGAGCCUGGACUCGGCCAUGCGUGUGCUGAGCCCUGCACACCACAGUGGUGGUGACACGGCAGACCGCCGCAGUUUGGCAUCGGAUGACAGUGGCAUCUUCAACUCGGAUGAUGGUGACCGGACUUCUCGCGUAAAUGUAGAUGCAGCCAGCGGCACAGUGGCGCCAGUGCCACCCUGCCAGUUGACUUUGCGGCCACCAGUUCAAGGGGUCAUUGACGAGGUCCACUCACCAGUGCAAGAGGACCCGACGCCUUCUGCUGAACGGCUGGUGCCAAAAGACUUGCUGCUACGGUUGUUUGAGUCUACGCUGUUUGACAUGCCUCUCGCCAUAGACUACCUGUUUCGUUCAAAAGAGCCUGGGGUGCUUGCAUACCUAGGUAACAGAAUGUUCAGCUUCAGUGAUGCUGAUGUGGACUUCUACUUGCCUCAGAUUGUCAGCAUGUAUGUGCACCACAGUGACAUAGCAGACUCCCUGCGGCCCUACUUAGUCCAAAGGUGCAGCAAGGACACAGACUUUUCGCUGCAGCUGGUCUGGCUUCUGUCGGCCUUCUGCUCAGACCCCAAUGCACCUCCUCGGAAACGCUCGCAGGGGCACCAGCUCAAGCAGCUCAUACUUUCUGAAGAUUUCCGGCCACGUGUUACCGUCCAGCAAACGUCUUCGCUCUUGGUGGUGUCUUCAAAAAAGACCCAUCAGCGUUCCCUGUCAGAUGCCACUGGUAUGAGUGGUGGAGGGAGCCGGCACAUCCCCGAGUCUAGUCGUAAGGCAGCUCUACUGGGGGACCUGGGCUCAGGCCACGCCUUUGACAAUGGCUGUGCCUGCUACGACAGUUGCGAUGGCAUCGUUGGGGAUCUGCGUGGACGAGCCAGGGUGGAGUGCCAUUGCCAGGCACCUCGCCUCACCUCGCAGAACCAGUUUAUAAAGACCCUCAUCUCCUUGGGCCUUAGACUACAAGCAGUGCCUACAAAAGAGCUCAAAACUCAGAGGCUUCAAGCUGAGCUUUCAUUGGUCAACUUGAACUUGCCGGCACGGGUCUGGCUUCCUCUGCACUCUGACAAGUUUCCCCACCUUGUGGUGAGGGUGCCCCCACAAGCAGCUGCAGUGCUCAACUCAAAGGACAAGGCACCGUACCUCAUCUAUGUGGAAGUGGUAGCUGUAGAUGACAUCCAGACGUCACCUGUUCCUGCAAAGGUCCUCAACCCUCUACGGUUGACACGCUCAGAAGAAAACCUCCCUGACUACUUUGGUGUGCAAUCAGCAUCUGUCUUUUCCAUGUGUGGCAUGGAUGAUGAUGCUGAAUGCUGGACCCAAGAGGAUGACGAAAUCUCCAUGCAGUUUCUGCGGAAUCAGAAAGCACAAGAGCGAGACACACUGUCGGUGUUGUCGUUGGACAGCGGGACUAGUGCCGACAGCAAGGAGCCCCUCUUUGUUGUGGCCAGUGACGUGCGCCGGCGGCUGUCGGAGAACUCUCAUGUGCCCAAGAAUACAGUCAAGCGUGAUCCUGAGGACCCAUCAGCAGCUGCCCUCAAGGAGCCCUGGGAAGAGAAGGUGCAACGCAUUCGUGAGUCCUCCCCGUACAGCCACUUGCCUGGGUGGCAACUGCGGGCAGCCAUUGUCAAGUGUGGUGAUGAUCUGCGCCAGGAACUCAUGGCUUAUCAGCUGCUCAAGCUCCUGCAGAACAUCUGGCAGCAGGAGCAUGUGAACCUGUGGCUUCGGCCAUAUCGCAUCCUCGUAACGUCGGCUGACAGUGGCCUUGUGGAGCCCAUCCUGGACACCAUGUCUCUGCACCAGGUGAAGAAGCACUCACAGCUGUCACUGCUGCAAUACUUCGAGCAGCAGUUUGGGCCACCAACUAGUGAGGCCUUUUUGAGUGCACAGCGCUGCUUUGUCGAGAGCUGUGCUGCAUACUGCCUCAUCUCAUACCUCAUACAGGUCAAGGACAGGCAUAAUGGAAACAUCCUACUCGAUGGGGAAGGCCACAUCAUUCACAUCGACUUUGGCUUCAUACUGUCCUCGUCACCCAAGAACCUCGGCUUUGAGAGCUCCCCAUUCAAGCUGACGCAAGAGUUUGUUGAUGUGAUGGGCGGCCUGGACUCGAACAUGUUCAACUACUUCAAGGUGCUGAUUCUGCAAGGGCUGGUGGCGGCACGCAAGCACCACGAGCGCAUAAUCACCCUGGUGGAGAUCCUGCAGUCCAAUGCCCGGCUGCCCUGCUUCCAGUGGCAUGGGGCUAGUGCUGUGCGCGCUCUUCGUGAACGUUUCCACAUGGGCUGCACCGACGAGAGGCUGCAGAUGCUUGUUGACUCGCUUGUUGAAAGCAGUAUGCACUCGCUCACGACACGUCUGUAUGACAACUUCCAGUACUUCACAAAUGGCAUUCUCUAGGCUGGCUUUCCUUGACCGUCGGCCCUCCGCACCGAGUUCUGCUUGGUGGCUGGAGGUGUCUGGAUUUAGUUCUUCCUUGCAUGCUCAACUAGAUGGGACCCCAGGUGUGCACCAAUACCAACGCAAAACACUGUUGACAUUCUUGUGCUAGCCCACUAGGGUGUUGGCGUACUGCAACAGGAAGGAGACCAUUGUGCAUGUGGGUGGGUAUCUCUGAAAGACCAACUCUUUCACAGUUGUGUUACUCGCAGGUUUAUUGAGGGUUGGCUGGAGCUUGCCCGUAACAAUCCGUCAUGCCUAGAACAGGAUCCCCCUUUGGUGGAAAACCAUGAAUGGUGUCUGCUUUUGAGUGAACUUGUACAAGUCACUGCCAAGUAUGAACAGCUUGUCAAGGCUGUGGCCAGCAGCAACUCUAGCCAAAUUCCUGGCAUGACUUCAUCUGACUUGCUUUCGUAUUUUACAGCAUUGCAACAGCUUCUUUAUAAAAGCUGCAAGUAGGGCCUGUUACCAGCAAUGCAAGUAGGCCAACGAAGGCUUGGCAAGUCUCUCCCUCUUGUAUAUAGCACUCAACCGUGCAGAAUGAUUUCAUUUUCUGUGCAUCCCUUGUUGACACCAACCGUUUCUCAUGCCAAACACUUUCAGUGCAGGAACAAUCCGAUGUCCCUUCAUCAUUUUAUCUGCACCAUGGCAGACUCGGUGCGACAUUUUCUCCACACACUGUUCUUUGUACAUAAUAUUCUGUUGUUAAGACACCUUAGGUGAACAGCUGCUUCAUCAUGCUGGUAACAAAGAGUAAAAUGUUUUGUCCUUUAACUUGCAUUCUGUGAACAGUUUUGCAUGUAUGGAUGGUGAAGUACCUCAUGUUGCAGACAGUCUGCAUGGCUGAGCCAGAUAGCUUUGCGGAGUGUGUGUUAUGCAGUGGUUAUGUCGUUUUCAGUGAGCGCUUUAUAAAACGUUUCUGUGCAUAUUAACUCCAAGGCAUAGUUAACGGUGCAGCAACUGUGCAGCCUUCUAGUUCGCAAAAUGCCUCCUUUUGUACCAUAUGUUAUGAACAAAUCACUUUGCGUUUCGUCUAGGCUGCAUCAACAGAGUGUUUAUUUCACGUCGGGGCAUUGCAAGCUUUCUUCUUUUUCUUUCUUUUCUGUCUUCUUUAUUUUAUUUUUAUUUUUGCGAAAACUAACAUGCUUGUGCUUGCAUAUGCAUGGGAAGCCUGUCGGCCUUAUUUGCACAGUUGCCAGUUCACAAAUCUGAGCAGCAGCAGCAGAGUUUGGAAAUGUGGCUGGUGAAACGGUGCAGACUGGUGUGCACUGCCUUGUAAAUGCAGCUAGUAAUUUUAAUGUACAUUUUAUGCGGAGUCAUGUUACAACAACCCAUGUGUCUUACGAGUGGAAACCCUGUGGGCCGUCCAGACUUGCUUCUUUGACAGGCAUAUGCAUUUAACCCCAAGACUUGGCAUGUCGAGGUGAAAAAAGACUUGCAUUGUUCAGUUGUGGCUCAUGCAAUCCCCAGACUAUCACUCUGACUGUAGCUCAUUGUCAACUGUGAACACUCGUCCGGCUAUGCUUAUACAUUGUUCAGCAUGGCACCAAAAAGGUAGCGUUUCACCCAAAAGAUUGCUCAAUAGGUCGGAGUGAUUGCAAAGCAAACGUGCAGCAGGCAAAGAGGGUGUCACUGCGCUUUCACUUCAGGCGUGUAUAUUAUUAUGUUUAAAGUUUGCCUAGAAGUCGGGCUUGGUAGCGAGCAAGGUCGAUAUUGAUGCCUCAUGGUGCUAGCUGUUAAAAUGCUUGUCUGCAUAAGAAUAUAACAUUCAGCACUAAUGCAUUCUUGUUGAGAUAUGCACUAGUGUCGGGCACACUUGGGACAUCUUCAACCAGUCAUUCCAGAGUGCUCUGGCAGUGCUACAAAUGUCGUGUAGGAUAACAACAAAACUUUCUUGCAAGCAGAAGUGGGCUCCAAUGGUGAUAGUGAUCACUACAAUACUUUAUUAUCGUGAUACAGCUUACAUGAAUGUUGAAGCUCUGCCAGAGUUCUCUUAAUCAACCAAUUGAAGCUGCCACUGGAACAUGUAAAGCUCCACUUAAGAUACUUGUUGAUCAUUUUCGUGGAAGCGCGACGUUCCAGUUGGAAUAUAUUUUAAUGUGGUGCUUUCAGGGUGUGGGGACGAUCCUCUCUGUCUAGUGCCAGAAAACCUUUGUCUUAGUGCAUGGAUCUUGCAUCUGCAUUCCAAUCCUCUUUUUUUAAUUAGGCCACCUGGCUUAGCGUGCCAUACUUAAGUCAACCAGACAUGUGAUGCGUCCUUGCUCGCACAUACAUUUUUUCUGGCCAGGCCUUGCAGUAGCUGUGUACAUAUGUCCUCAGUUCUCCUUUUUCUGUUGCUUUCUUUUUAGCUCUCUAGCGCAGAAAACAGUUCAUGUUACAUUCAGUGUUCCCUUUCUCAAGAUAUUCUCUUGUGUCAUCCUGCUGCGCCAUAAGUAUGCAAGCAUGUCAGUUGCUUACAGAAAUGGUGUUGAGAGAGUUCUUCGACAACAAUGGCAUGCAACGUGCAUCAGGUCCAGGGUAACUGCACUGUGUUGAUGGUAGCGUGGAGACUUGUGCAUCGCUGUCUGUCCACGAACUGGAGGCAGUCCACGAGCUGUUGUAAAUACUAUGAAGGCUAUUUUUCCAGGCUUUUCUUUGUACUAAUGUGUAAAUACUGUGCUAGAUAUUUGAGCUAAUGGUUCGCUUGUAUGGUAUACUUUUGAUUCUGUUGUAUAGGGGAAGGCAUUAAUCGCGAGUCGCAGCAAGUUUUCAUUUACAUGACAACCCUUUUCUGCUUUUUUUUUCUCCAAGGCGCAUGCCUGGCUUUGAGGCACUUUUGUGCUUGCUUUGGGAACCAUAACAUUGAGCCAAGCUGCAUGCGCAAUCCCGCCCAAACAGCUUCGUCAUCAAAAGUUGGCGAUGAAAAAAUGAGUAACCUGGAAAAGGUUUUCUUAAACUCCAUCAUUGACGUUACUUUCCUGGAUGCAAAAUGAGGUCUAAUGAUUUAGUGUGCUGUAAUAUAAUGAAAAUUAAAUUCAUUUUCUUUUCUAA